AUUAGCUAUGAAAAGGAGCAGAGGCGCAAGCUGCUAAAGCAUCUACGAGGUGAAGAUACGUGGAUGCUUGCUGAUGUGAAUGAACGUGUGGAACAACUGGAAAAGGAACAUUCUGUGCAGAGAAAAAAGAAAAAGGAUAAGCAUUCAAAAAAAGCUAAGAAGGAAAAGAAGAAAAGUAAGAAACAGAAAUCAGAAAAGAAGGAUGACUUACUUGACAGUUCUUCGGAUUCUUCAGUUGAAUGGGUUGAGUCAAAUAUGUCACAGUCAGAUAACACAGAAAAGGCUUGGAAGGUCAACAAGCAAUCAGAUGCUAUGGAAGAACCCUCCCUGCAGAGAGAAGAAUGGAUGAAUUUAGACUUCAUGUCAUUGAAAACCACGUCAGCAGCAGCAGUCAGAUGUGAAAGAAACAAAGAUAAAAUAUUGGAACGACAGAAAGCUCAAGAGCUUGAGCAGGCCAUGCUGUCUGAGAGAGAACUCAAUCCCUAUUGGAAAGAUGGUGGUACAGGUUUGCCACCAGAGAAAGAUGGAGCAGCUUCAGUUAAGAAAGGUACAGUGGUAGAAGAUGCUGGAUUAAGUUGGUUACGAAAAUCAUACCAAAGAAUGAAGGAGCAGGCUGAGAGAGAAAAAAGGAAUUUUGAGGAAAUUGUAGCUGAGAGAUACGGGUCAAUGGAAGUAUUUCAGUCACGAUUAGAAGAAGCUGAAAAAGUUGCACCCAGAAAAGAAAACUAUUAUAGAAGUGGAAGAUGGAAGAAAACUGACUAUUCAGAAAAUGAGAGAGACAAGAAAGAACAGCAUAUGAAAAAGGAGACACAAGAUGAAGAUGAUAGGAACUGGAACAUGUCUGGGGGCUAUACUAGGGAGAAGUAUGGCAAGGGAUGGGGGCAAGAAGACAAAGGUUACAAAAGAGAUGUGUCAAGGGAAGACCAAGAACGUGGACACAGUAGAACGGACUCAGUAAUGAGAGGCUACAGCUCCAAAGGAGAAAAACACUCUGAUGAAAAACAAAGUCAGGAAAAGAGUUUAUCUUUAAACAACAUGAAACAUAAAUUUCUGAAACCCUCUGAAGACGAUUCAUCACCUUACAGUGCACCUAGAGACUACAAGUCACAGCAGUCCUCUUCCAAACAGCUGGUUCAUAGCUCUUUGAGCAACCGCUUCCAAAAACCUAGUGAGGAUACUGCACUGUGGAGCAAUACACAUGCAGAAGAUAACAGUGAGAAAAUAAUGUCUGAUCAGAAAUUAUCAGUUGGGGGGGCACAAAUUGAUGACAGCAGUUCGGAAAGAACUCCAAAAGAUCAAAAAAAGAAGUCAGAACAGGAAUAUCCAAGCAAUAUCACUGAGAAGAAACAAAUGUUAUUUGACAGUAAAACAUCGUGUUCUAGACAUGCAUCAGAGAAUGAGCCACCUCGGGUCCUUAGUGAAGAGGAGAUGAACAGACUGGGAGCGAGGAUAGUGAAGGCAGAACUCAUGGGAGACAUGGAGUUAGCUUCAAAACUUCAAGCAGAACUCGAUAACGCACGCAAAUUGAGGGAAACUCAAGGGCAUAUUCCAGCACAGUCUGGCAGAGAGGCUUCAAGCCGUCAAGAUGAACAAGUGGUCCUUGUCAGAACAGAUCAAAGUGGAAGGGCAUGGCCUGUGACUGCGCCAACUGAAGCACAGGAGCCAAAAGGAGGACGGAGAAAGCGACAGAUGGUUCCUACUCAUGUAGAUAAAGAAAGAAUAAGAUAUUUUCAGGAUGAUGAUAGUAUGAACCUGAAGGAUUUGGUCAGAAAUGAGAAGAUGAGAACAGCAGAGGAUCAAAACUCACUGUUCAUGCGUAUGGCGUCAAAGCUCAUGGAACAAACUGACAGGGAGUACUACACUCUGGAUGACAUGUUUGUUUCCAAAGCAGCCAAAAAAGCACGCAGUGGGGAAGAGGAAGAAAUGCAAAGGAGAAAAGCAAUACACGAGCACCAGCAGCUUGCUGCGUGCAUGGAAAAGUGCCCACACUGCUUCGAUAGCAGUGAACUUUCUAAACAUCUUAUUAUUGCAAUUGGCACCAAGGUAUACUUGUCUCUACCAAGGACCCAGUCCCUUACUGAAGGUCACUGCCUGAUAGCCCCUCUGCAGCACCAUACUGCAGCUACUCUUUUGGAUGAAGACAUCUGGGAGGAAAUUCAG